GAAGACAGGGUCAGUGUUGGAGAAGGAGAGAGAGAGAGAAGAUCAGCAGUGUGUGGAGCUGAGCUGUAGCUGAUGGUGGUGGAGCAUCAGGACAUUGUUGGACAUCAUGCAGAGCUGAAGAGCCGGACAGGAGAACUGUGGCGUGUGCAGAGCGGGGGAUGCGCUUUCCGGAGUAAAGUGACGCCUUCGGGGGGGACAUGUACGCCUUCUACUCCCUGCUGGUCUACAUCUUCUACACCGUCUUCAAAAAGGAAGAGGAGGCUCCACUAGAGGGGGCGUCCGGAGAGUCCCCGGAGGAGCCUGGCCAUGUUUCCAUGGAAACAGGGAGCAGGAGGAGAGGCGGCCCCGCCCCCAGGUUGGGGAAAAGGGGGUGUGACAGAGUAAACGACUCCAGCAGCAGCGGCAGCAGUGACAGUGAUGCAUCGUGUCUCAGUGAUGAAGAUGACGAUAUUGAUGAAGGUCACGCGACCCCCGCCAAAACCCCCCUGGCUGCUUUCCUGUCCUUCAAACAGGAGACGGAAAGGAGGAGAACGUCCAGUGGGCCUGCGGAGCUGGGAGAAAAGGCCUCAGAGUCUCCGCUGGUGUCGGUGAUGUCCCACCUGUUGAGCUUCCUGGAGCAGUACUCCCACCUACAGCAGCUGCAGCAGCAGGCAGAACAGUACCGUCUGCAGCUGCGCAGGCACCGCAUUCAACACCGGCGGAAAAUGAAGGCCCUGCGCUCGUCCUACCGCCAGCGGCUCCGCGACAAGAACAGCCUCAUCAACAGCCUGGAGGAGGCCAUCAGUCAGCAGACGAGCCCUUCACCCGACAGCGACAGUUCUCCAGCAGGGCUCCAUAAGCUGGUGCAGUCUGUGUGUGGCCUGCAGGGGGAGCGCCGGCAGCUGAGGGUGGAACUGGGUUUACUGCAUUCACAACUGGAGCAGAGAGAACAGGACAAACACUCUAAAGUUCAGGCCUUCCAACAGCAGAUUGAUGAACUGAAGAGCUGCAUCGAGGAGAGAGAAGAAGAGCUGUCCAGGCUGAGAACCUCAUCCGGAGCGACGGACUCUGAGAAGCGAGUGCUGUGUCUGUCUGCGGAGAACGAGAGCCUGAAACACAGCCUGUCGGUCACUCAGGGCCUCCUGCAGCAGCUGUCCAUCAUACCGUCUCAGUCCAGCUCCGUCCUCAUCAAGGAGAACGAGAACCUGCGCAGCCGCGUUCUGCAGCUGGAGGGCGCCCUGCAGCAGCGCGCGGAGCAGCUCUCGCGCCUGGAGCAGAACGAGUGGCAGCGAGGAGAGGAGCUGAGGAGGAGAGAGGAACGAGUGCGCGAGCUGCAGCUGGAGCUGGACAGAGAACGCAGCAGAGAACCCGUGGUGAAAUACGUGACUCAGACUCUGGAGGUGGAGUCUCCAUCCACGCUGAGGCAGCUGGCCGACGAGAGGCAGAGGAACGAGCAGCUGAGGGAGAGGCUGAGCAGUCAGAGCGAGAGGUGCCGACAGCUGGAGGAGAACAUCAGGCGCUCUGAUGAAGUCAGCUGCAAUCUUCAGCACAAGAUUGCGGCUUAUGAGAGAGAGAUCGGGACGCUGCAGGCUGAGCUGCUGAAGGAGAUCGGCCACUUGGAGGAGAAGAAAGACGAGGCUGUGAAGGCGGCUUCUAGCUGCUCACAGGAGCACCUGCAGAGCCUACAGGACCAGUUCAUGACCAUACAGAGGCGCCUGAACGCUCUUCCCCCCACGCUGCGCUCCAUGAAGACGGACUACGCCAGCCUGCGGAGCCAGGUCCGCAACUUCUCUGACUUUUAUGGAGCAGCUAUCAAAGAGGCCAAGAAACAGAUUUCGGCAGCUAUAACUGAAAUGUCGGAGGCCAACAAGGACCUUCUGGAGAAGUACAGGAAGGAAGUGGCUCUUCGGAGGAAAUACCACGAGCAGCUGGUGGAGCUGAAAGGCAACAUCCGCGUCCUGUGCCGUGUAAAGCCGGUGCUGAAGGAGGACGAGCACGAAGAAGGCCAGGCGGUCGUCGUGACGACAGAUCCUCAUAAUGAAUCAGCCCUCACAGUUCUCAGUAAGGGGAAAGCAAAGACAUUCGAGCUGGACAAAGUCUUUCACCCUCAGGCCACUCAAGAGGAGGUGUUUCAAGAAAUCGAGCCCCUGAUUACAUCCUGCAUCGACGGAUAUCACGUCUGCAUCUUCGCUUAUGGCCAGACCGGCUCAGGGAAGACCUACACCAUGGAGGGCCCCGUGGAGAAUCCAGGCAUUAACCAGCGAGCGCUGAAACACCUCUUCAACGAGAUUGAGGAAAGGAAGGACAUGUGGACGUAUGCGGUCACUGUCAGCUCUGUGGAAAUCUACAACGAGGUUCUCAGGGAUCUGCUGAGUAAGGAUGGGGAGAAGCUAGACAUCAAAAUAAACCCUGAUGGGACCGGCCAGCUGCAUGUACCUGGCCUCAGGGUCAAAGAGGUCAAGAGCUUUCAGCAUAUCAAAAAGAUUUUGGCCACAGCUCGGAGGAACCGGAUAACGUUUGGGACGCAGAUGAACCAGCACAGCUCGCGCUCCCACGCCCUGCUCACCGUCACCGUACAGGGAGUGGAUCUCGCCACCGGGACCAAGUCCUCCGGUAAGCUGAACCUGGUGGACCUGGCGGGUUCUGAGCGAGUGUGGAAGUCCGGAGCGGAAGGGGAGCGGCUGAAGGAGGCCCAGAACAUCAACCGCUCGCUGCUGGCUCUGGGAGACGUCAUCCAGGCCCUGAGAGGGCGCCAGACGCACAUCCCCUUCAGGAACUCACGACUGACCUACCUACUGCAGGACUCACUGGGCAAGGGCAACAAAACCGCCAUGGUGGUGCAGAUUUCUUCCCUGGAGAGGAACGUUGGAGAGACUCUUUGCUCGCUGAAGUUUGCACAGCGUGUCUGCAAAGUGGAGCUGGGCCCCGCUGCACGCAAGAUCGAGAGUGCAGGCCACAGGGGGGAAAACGUUAACUAAAAUAAAAGGGGAACUCCACCACUUUUUCAAAAUUGCUGCAUAAUUAAAUGGCUAAGAUGUAAAAUGAGUCGGUCAGAGUCGGUCAGAGUCAGACGUCCCUCUAAAAGCUCCUCACAGUAGUGGUGAUGGGAACCAGACGUCUCCCUCUAAAAGCUCCUCACAGUGGUGGUGAUAGGAACCAGACGUCCCCCUCUAAAAGCUCCUCACAGUGGUGGU